CCAACGCGUCACUCCGGAUGUGAUUGGAGCGAGCAAACCAGCUGUAACCAGGAGCCCAGUUCUCUGCCUCUGCUUUGUGAAAUUACAGAGAAACAAACGGACCCUUGUCGGAGGAAAUGGAGGACGACGUCUUAACGACGCUGAAGAUUUUAAUCAUCGGGGAAAGUGGCGUUGGCAAGUCCAGCCUCCUCCUACGAUUCACAGAUGACACGUUUGACCCGGAGCAGACGGCGACGAUAGGUGUCGACUUCAAAGUGAAGACCAUAUCAGUGGAUGGAAACAAGGCAAAGCUGGCGAUAUGGGACACUGCAGGACAGGAGCGCUUUCGAACCCUGACACCGAGUUACUACCGCGGUGCCCAGGGAGUCAUCCUGGUGUACGACGUUACAAGACGAGAGACUUUCACCAAGCUGGACAACUGGCUCAAUGAGCUGGAGACCUACUGCACCAGGAACGACCUCGUCAAGAUGCUCGUCGGAAAUAAAAUCGACAAGGACAACCAUGACGUCGACCGAGCCGAAGGGCUGAAGUUCGCAAGAAAACAUUCCAUGCUUUUCAUCGAGGCCAGUGCAAAGACAAAGGACGGCGUCCAGUGCGCUUUUGAGGAGCUGGUGGAGAAGAUCAUCCAGACGCCUGGUCUGUGGCAGAGCGAGAGCCACGGCAGGGCGGUGCAGCUGACAGACGAAGACGCCGGGGGCGGAGCCUGCGGCGGUUACUGCUCCAUGCUUUAAACCGUGCGACGCGACAGCAGCACAUGCUAACAUCUGCACCCCAAACCCCGUCUCUCUGUCUCUCUCUCUCUGUCUCUGUCUUGUCCUAAGCUGAGCUCUCUCUCCAGACGGUCAACCGUCCCACUAAGACACUAGUUUUGCACAAUUAGUAUAAAUGAUGCUGCGCAGCUCAGUCUGUUUAAAUGAGUCAGGCUAUUCUUUUUCUUCCUACUGUUUUUUUGUUGUUGUUUGUUUAUCUUUUAGGACCUUGUUCAAAAUCUCUGCUUCGAUUUCAAGCUGUUAUUUUUUUGUUGUUUUUUUUGUCAAACUUACUCUGGAAGCCAAAGUUCAUCUUUAUUUUCAGUCUCUGUGAUUGGAGGGAAGCCGGGUUCUCAGCUUCCAGCAUGCUGUCUUCUGUCCUAAGAGCUCGUUGCCUUAGCAACCACGUCCAUAUCGAUGCUGGCCCGACUUCCCUGUGUUUGACCGGGAUGUGCUUCGUCCCGCCCGCUCCUCUUCGUCCUUCUCCUCUUCCUCACAGACUGUCGAUGUGUCGCUGCUGAUGGAGAAGCUUCCGGAAGCGGUCCUGAGGCUCGGAGCAUGCGUCGUCCGCACAACUGCCUCGUUUUACUUCCAGUGUUCGGAAUGCCGUUUUACUUUCUGUUAUCGACUUGGACUGUAAUCCUUCGCUUUGUUUCUGAAGAGCGCAUAAAUCAAAAGAGGCGGGCGCCGCCGAGCGAGGAGAAAGACUCGCUCACAAGACGGAUGAUCUCAGAAACUUUUCGUCAGCUGAGGCGAAAAGUGUUCAGAUUGUGUUUCUGCACAAUCUGGAUGCGUCAAAGCAACACCGCUGAGGCGCCGGUGUCUGAGAAAACCCGUUCAAAGUGUCCUGUGACUCAGAUCUCUGGACACGGUGCGUUUGAGUGCUGGUGUAUUUUCCUUCCUGAUGGGUUCGGUAUCCUGAGUGGGAUCUGUACACAAGCAGAUUUGAAACCCGUUUAUGUUUGCAUGUGUGCCAUUCUUUGUCUUUGUGCGUCUUGGGAAAUAGACCUCUCAGAGCGUUUUGUUAUAAAGAUUUUAACUUAUAUGAACACGUUGCAUACAUGAGCCUUUGAAUUUAAAUUAGCUAAAUAUAAUUGGAUUAGAUUUUUAUGCACUUCUCAAAAUAAAACCGCAGUUUAUUGUAUUUUUUUGUGGUUAGAAACCAGUUGAACCAUGUAAAACCUUGUAAAUUGUACAUUUUAGGACUUUAAUGGGUGAUUCAUGGAUGAAUUGUAAAGCUGAAUGUACCCAUAUCUGACUUUAAUCCGCCCGGUGUAUUAAACUUAAUAAAAUUCCUUUUUGAAGUGAA